CCACGUCACUCUCGGUUGCAUACAAGUUACAACAACAACAAGCCGCAAAAUUCUAUUACUACAAACUUCCCCUCUUUUCAAAUUAGUGUUUGCAGCAACAAUUUCAAUUAAUUAAUCAACCCAAGUUUGCCGCUAAGAAAAAUAACCACAGCGACGACAAGCCUCAGUUUAAUAAUGGGUCAGGCAUUUCGUCGAGCAUCUGGAAGAAUCCGUUCCGCAUCUGAAACUGACACGUCAUCAUUGUCCAAACCUAAGAUCACCAUCGACCACCGACCGCCGUCCAAGAUUGCCGCCGACAAGGCGGUGGAGAGCUCCAACGCUGCUAAACUAGACUCAUUGAACGACGAUGAUCGUCCUAAAGCUAAUUUGGACAACAUCCUAGAAGAAAGAGAUCCCAAAUUUGAUGCUAUGCUUGGUCAAAUGCUUGGUAGGAUUACAUCAAAGCCUGGGGGAAAACCUGAAAUGGGUGAGGCAUCUGUGGUUGAAAGGCAGAAUAGGCCCAUGCCAAAGUUGCGAAAUACAAAACCAAAUUCUGGUCAAUAUGAGGAAAGGCCGGUUCCUACAGGCACUUUAAAUGUAGCACAGUUGCGCCAUAUCAUGCUCUUACAUGAAGGAAAAGCCGAUGAUCACAAUGGGCCUAUGGACGUUCACCAGAUUGCAGAAAAAUUCCGGGUUGAGGUUGUUCAGAUUCAGAAAAUCUUGCAAUUCCUGUCUCAUCCUCCAGAGGGAAGAACCGAAGAUAAGAAUAAAACACCAAGAUAAAUGGCUUUACCACAGCAUUGAUAAUUCCUUCCUAUCUGAUUAAAGGAUACUCUAAAUAGAAUUGUAGUUUGCACUGAGUUUUGCCCAAUGAAAAGUAUACUCAGUCGUCUUCAACAGAAAAGUGAAUGCCAAAUACUCUAGCCUCAGGUCUUUAUUGAACUGUUAUCAUUGUAUUAAGAAGUGCUAGUGCAGAUCGAGUUUUGUAAUAUCAACUAUUAAAUUUGUUCUUGUGAUGGAAAUUAACUUUUGAGAGGGAGUUGUAAUAAGGGUUUGUAACCAAACGGCUGAAAUUGUCUUCAUUUUUAUGUGUUUCACAGAAAACUGCUUUAUUGAA